GAGAAGGGAAACCGGACGGAGAGUUCCAGACUUUUCCUCAGUUUGGUGAUGGGCAAAGGCUCCCGGGCCCGGAGGGCGAUGUGGGAAUCCUUUCUGAUGUGGAGGACAGAUUUACCAAAGCUGGACAAAAUACUGAGGGAAAUACAGGAACACGGCCCUGAUCAACAGGAAUACAUGAACAUUGCCCAAGGGUUAUCUGAGUUACCCAUUCAACUGAUAGAUGUUCAACAGAAACACAAGGAGACUCUGCGGGCACAAACUGAAACACUGAGAGUGAACACGAUCCUGAUGAGGGAGAAGGUGAAGGUUUUCCAGCUGGUUGAUCGAUACGCUGAGCUCACGAUUAUUACUACUGUUCGAGAUCGGAGACUGGCGGAACAUGAGCUGCUGGCAAGAGGCAGAGAUCACGAGGAGUGGAGACAGAAACAUCUCUGUGGAGAGCUGGAAAAAAUCCAGACUGGUCAGUUGUUCCAGAGCAGCUUUUCCCGGAGAAAAUACAAAUCUGGGAGUUCAGCAGCAGUGGCUGGACUGCCGGGGAUCGGGAAAACAACAAUGGUACAAAAGAUUGUUUAUGACUGGGCCACGGGGAAAAUAUAUCAUAAAUUCCAGUUUGUCUUCAGUUUCAAAUUCCGUGCUUUAAACUCCAUUAACUGCAGAAUAAACCUGAAGGAACUGAUUCUGGAUCAGUAUCCUUACUUUGGGAAUAUCCUCAGAGAGGUCUGGAAGAACCCAGAGGGACUGCUGUUUAUAUUCGAUGGUCUGGAUGAGUUCAAUGACACAAUUGAUUUUGCUGAAAGUUGGAGAGACACAGAACCUCAGUCCACAUGCACAGAUCCUGAAUUCAAAUGCAAGGUGUCUGACAUUGUGUACAGUUUAAUCCAGCACAAGCUGCUCCCAGGGUGUUCAGUGCUGGUGACAACCCGCCCCACUAUGUUACAUUUAUUGGAAAAGGCUAAGAUCGGUGUUUGGGCUGAACUCCUGGGAUUUGUCGGUGAGGAACGGAAGGAAUAUUUCUUCAGGCAUUUUGAAGAUCAGACGGUGGCAGAAGCUGUUUUCAAACACGUGAAGGAGAACGAGAUCCUGUACACCAUGAGCUACAACCCCUCCUACUGCUGGAUCCUCGCUCUGGCACUGGGCCCCUUCUUCACACAAAGAGUCAGGGACCCACAGCGAGUUCCCAAGACCAUCACACAACUGUACUCCUACUAUAUUUACAACAUCCUGAAAAACCACGGCCGUGAGAAUGAGAACCCCCGUGAUGUGUUACUCAGGGUUGGUCAGAUGACCUUCAGAGGAGUGUCCGAGAAGAAGAUUGUGUUUACAGAUGGAGAUUUGAUCAAGUACAAUCUGCAGCCUUCCCAGUUCCUGUCCGGGUUCCUGAUGGAGCUUUUGGAGAGAGAGGAUUCUGCCCAAAGCGUGGUGUACACAUUCCCACACCUCACCAUCCAAGAGUUUGUAGCUGCAGUGACACAAUUCCUGAUCCCAGAUGGCAGAGAUAUUAAGAAACUCCUCACUGAAACCCACAACAUGACAGAUGGGCGAUUUGAGGUAUUUCUCCGUUUUGUUGCUGGUCUCUCCUCCCCAAUGACAGCUCGGGGCCUGGAGGAGUUUCUGGGUCCAUUUCCUCAUCAAACAACCUGCCGGGUGAUUGACUGGGUGAAGGAGGAGGUUCAACGCCAGAGUGGAAACACAGAGAGUGAAGCUGGUAAAAGGAGCCUCCUGAACACAUUGCACUACCUAUUUGAGUCUCAGAAUGAUAGACUGGCUCAGAAUGCACUGGGAUCUGUGGAAACACUUUCACUCAGUGGAAUGACACUGACCCCGAUUGACUGCGCGGUCCUGUCUCAUGUCAUCGGACUCUGUGAUACAAUAAAACACCUCAAACUGGAGAACUGCCACAUUCAGUGUGAAGGAAUCCAGCGGCUGGGACCCGGGCUGCACAAGUGCCAGAAGUUGAGCCUUGGGUGGAACGAACUGGGAGAUUCAGGAGUGAAACUGGUGUCUGCGGCUCUGAGGAACCCGGAGUGUAAAAUACAGAAACUGGAACUCAGGAAGGUUGGUCUCACAGAUUCUGGUGCCGAGGAUCUCGUCUCCGCUCUCAGGACAAACCCAUCACUGUCGGAUCUGAACCUGGCAGUAAACUCGCUGACAGACCAAUCUGUCCCCGCUCUCCGCCGUCUCAUACUGACCCUCCCGAGUCUGGAGCGGAUCCGGCUGGGGGAGAAUCAGUUCAGUGAGACCAGGAAGGAGGAACUGAGAUCUCUGCAGGAACGCAGACCCGGACUGACAGUGUGGAUCUGAACAUCUGAGUGUGGGAACAUCCCUGCCCGCAGGAUGGUGACAUUUUGGUCAAUUCCCCUGCCCCUUUCGCCUUUAACUCCCACCCGUACCUUUAAACCGGGUGCCAGGGGUAAUUCCCAAUGGUUUUAACGGAACUUGUUCCAGUCUCGCGCUCUGUGACAUCGGAAGCAGUCCUGCAGUGAUGUAUUUCCAGCUGUUGUCCAGCUGAUCAGCUUCCGCCAGGUGUACGUGUCCGAGACACCCACCCCCACGUGAGAUCCCGGGGAAUUACACAGAUAGGAAGAGAACGGGACGAGAUCCUUUUGCUCCCUUUGCUGUGGACGGUUCAUUCUCCAGUCUGGCCGAUAUAAUGAUGUUAAAUGGACAAAUCCCUCGGCAGUGACCCUGGAUCUGCAGCGAUCCUGGACACGUCCCUGAAGUGUGAUAUUAUAAUCAUCGGUUCCCCGAUGCAGAGUGACAGUGAGAAACGGGACUGAUUAUUCAACCGGUCACUCGUUGUCACCGGUCAGUUAAUUGUGUGUGACUGUGAGAGAGUCGGGAGCAGCUUAUUUAUUCCCGCACGUCAGCAGUUCACACAUUGUUUAAUUUACAUUUGUCAUGAUGAAAUCAAUAAUCCUGUAGCUACCUG